GCCAGUUGGACUCAGGGUGGCUGGUCCAUCACACCCUCCUCUAGAGGAAGAAAGACAACAGCUUCCUUGCAGCAGCUGCCCCCCAACCAAUCGGGCAAGAUGGCUCGGGACAUGUCCGACAAGGACAUCCUGAAAAUGGAGCUGGACCAACUGAAAAAGGAGGUCUCCACCCCACGAGAGCCUAUCUCCAAGACAGCAAAGGAGCUGAUUGAAUACGUCGAGGGCAAGUCCGGUGAGGACCCUCUGAUGAAGGGAGUACCCGACGACAAGAACCCCUUCAAGGACAAGGGUGGCUGCGUCAUCACCUAGCCCCGGGGGGGCUCUGGUCAGCCCCGGGCCAAAAGAACAGACACGACCUAACACCAGGACAAUGCUUCCUUCCCAUGUUCAGCCUUCAGCACAGCUCUGAAUACAGCCAACCUAGUAGACUGUUUUUAGCUCAACCAGCACGACCUUACAUUCCUGUAGUUCUGUUUGACACCUCACACCUCACCUGUAUUCACACUUUUGGUUCCGGAAGGUUCUGAGGGAUUGAAUGACUGGGGCGUUUUCAUGUAAAUAAAGCAUGUUUGGGUCGG